CUUCUGGAGAACAGACAAACUAUAUAAUGAGCUCUAGGAGCCGUUCUCCCAUCAUUACCAAACAAACCAUUCAAUAUCACUCUUAACUAAUCGUCUUUUAUCAUUCCUAAACCUUACAAUGAAGAUCGUCAAUACGUUACUUGCUUCCUUAAUCGUUGCUUUGGCGGCCUCUCAAGAAGCUCCGGCGAUGUGCAUAACUAGCCCUAUAAGUACUUUAGCAGCAGGGGAGGUUGCACGAGCUUCCGUCUGGAAUCCAAUUGGCCGUAGCUGUCAAGCCACGCUGUCAUUUGCAGACGACAACUUCCUGCCUGUGCAUUUUGAUACACGUCCCAACACCUGCCUUGGCGCUCAGCAGAUGGAACUAACAAUCCCAAACGAGGUACCUAACGGGGAAGCGUUUCUAUCGUGGCUCUGUGCUGGGGAAGUCGCAGCUUUGUGUUCGCGGGUAAGGCUUGUUAAGGGCCAAAGCGACGUCGCAAGAUUAGCACUAGCCCAGACUGCAUCUUUAGUUUGCGAGGUGCUUGCAACGACAUUUGCCACCUUGACAACAUCUACCUCUACUGCAGCUACGACAUCUACAACUAGUGGGUGGGACGUGGCGGCUACGAGUCUGACAGAAAGUGGAUCGUCCGCAAGUCGGACGCAAAGUGGGUCGUCUACAAGUCCAACACAAAGUGGGUCGUCUACAAGUCCAACACAAAGUGGAUCGUCUGCAAGUCCAACACAAAGUGGGACAAGAGGGGCGGCGACCACUAGUGCUGGGAUUGGAUCAGCGAUGUCCCAGGCGGCAAGCGCGGAUGCCAUAACAGUCAAACCGGUUACUCCAUUACCAACACCAUCACCAGUAGAAUUGUGUCCAUGUAAUUAGGGGAAUGGCAGAGCCUAGGGUGUGGCUGAAAUGUCUUUAUAUUUCCUUUGUUCGCUCUCUGUUUACACUUUGGUUUCUGUUUGUUCUUCGCUCUUAGUUUUAUAGUUUGCUCUUUCAUUUGCACGCUCUAUUUGUACGUUGCUUUAUCUUUUGUACCUACACGAUGGGUCACCCAACCUAUAGUAAAGCUGAAAUAAACUGGAUGUUAUUUUACAAACUACUCAACCUCUCAUUGGAACAGAUUCAGUGUCUCCAUAAUGCUCGGUUCGAGGGCGUGCCACGAACGGUGGAUGCUAUCCAGAC